AUGUUCACCACCAAAGCAUAUUCCCUCCUCCUCCUCCUCCUCACCACCCACACAACCCUCACCUCCCAAACCAACCACCCAGACCCGUCCGACCCCGACCCCGGCAUUUUCCAACCCCACUACGACCCCUCCCCCCUCGCAGACCUCACCUUCAACCACAGCUCCCUCCCCGAACCCUUCACCAACCCCUCCCUCGACUCCCUCUCCACCCUCGACAUCCUCCUCAACCGCCGCCAACAGCGAAAAUGCCCAGACCCAGGCGGACCCAUUUGCUCAGCCACGCAAUGCUGUCGCACGGGACAGCAGUGUUGUCCGCGGGGCUGCUGCAGCCUUGAAGAGAACUGUUACCCGGCCGGGAAGGGGUGCUGUCCGAAGAAUGCGCAGACCUGUGGCGGGUCGAUGCUGUCCUCCCGGGUCGACAUGCGCCAGACAAAGCGGGUACUGCUCGCGACUCAGCUGGUCCACAAGCCAAAGGACGUCGACUAUUCGAAGCACGUCCACUCGCGUCUCAACGUACUUGUCGACAGCCACGUCGUCUAG